GUACAUUCGGGUCUAUCCGGAUGCAAGUAUGCUGCAAACCAUCUCGCCGCGUGGUUAAAGAUGUCGGGAAGUUCCCACUUGUAUUAUUCUCCCCCGGCUUGGGUGGUUCUCGGCUACUGUACAAUGUGCUCGCAGAAUCGCUAGCGAGUGCGGGAUAUGCAGUUGCUACGAUGGAUCAUACGUUCGAGGCCCUCGUGGUUGAGUAUCCUGAUGGAUCAUUCACACCCGGACUCAACGCGUCGUACUGGGACCCGAGCAUACCCGGAAGACUGGAGUCACUCUUGGGUGUGCGAGUCGAGGAUGGCCGCUUCGUCUUAUCGCAGCUCGGGCGCAAAGAUGUUGUCCGGAAGUUGGCGCCCGGGUCGGCGUGUGGAUUCAAUACCAGCCGUGUAGCAUUCUACGGUCAUUCGUUCGGCGGGGCCACAGCAAUCUCCGCACUCAUGAACGACACACGCUUCACCGGAGCCAUCAAUAUGGACGGCACACAGUACGGCAAUCAAACUGAUGUCAAGAAACCCGCCCUGCUAUUUGGCCGAGCAAAGCCAAGUCCGCACAAUCGUACGAACGAUGCUAGCUGGGAAGGUGUUUGGAGGCAUUUGAAGGGAUGGAGAAGAGAGCUUGGAUUAGAAGAUUCAGAGCACCUUACGUUCGGUGAUGUUCCAUUACUCCUCAAGCUGAUUAGGUUACCGAUUCCUGUCAAGCCGAUCAUUGGGAGCCUGGAUGGUGAAAGAAGCUUUGAGAUUAUUACAACGUAUAUCGAGGCGUUUAUGGAUUAUGUCUUGAAAGGGAAGAAGAGUGAGCUUUUUGACGGACCGAGCGAGAAGUUUCCUGAGAUUGUGGUGGGAUAAUGUAGUUUUCCUCAAUGCCGAUGCUUACCAGAUUGCCCAGUAAAAGGC